AUGACAGCCCAAGAACGAAGAACUCUCUAUGUCCAUUGGCUUCAGAAACAGACAACCAGUGUCCACAUUGUUGCCCAAUCGAUAUUUGACUCGCAAAUCGAAACUAAGGCUUCAUGGGAUACGGUACGUGAUGAGCUGGAUCUGCGAUGUCUCCGCGACGCGGAUGUCAUCGGGGUAACUACAACCGGAUUAGCUCGCAACCUGAAUAUGCUACGCCGUCUACAUUCGAAGGUUCUCAUGUGUGAAGAGGCUGGAGAGAUCCUAGAGGCUCACUUGCUGACCUCGAUUGAACAUGUCAUCCUCAUUGGCGACCACCUGCAACUCCGGCCACAGAUCCAGAAUUAUGGACUUUCGAGAGAGAGUAGCGAUGGGAAGCAAUAUGCACUUGAUCGAUCACUUUUUGAAAGACUUGUAGAUCCCAACGAGGAGGUUGGAGUCCAAAUCCCUUACUGCACUCUGGAAACUCAGCGACGGAUGUUUCCAUCGAUAUCUCGCCUGGUUCGCGAAACAUCAUACCCUAGACUGCAAGAUGCGCCAUCAGUCCUCGAAUAUCCAGAGGUUGUCGGAAUGCGGAAACGCCUUUUCUGGCUUGACCAUCGCUAUGGAGAGGGUGAUACCGGCACCCAGGACCCUAUGGCAGCCUCUUACUGGAAUAACUAA